AUGACGAUCUGUACUUAUAACGCACGUACGCUUGCAUCGGAAGCGGCCAUCGAAGAUCUGAUGAUGCAAGCCAAGAAGAUCAAGUACGACGUCAUCGGACUGACCGAGACGAGACGACGUCACCCUCUCAACGCCGUAUAUGAAACUGGAGAAGAACUGUUCUUAGGAACAUGCGACAGUAGAGGUGUUGGUGGAGUUGGCGUCCUCGUCAACAUGAGUAUGGCAAAGAACAUCGACUCUUUUGAACAACUUACGACCCGAAUCGGACGUCUGCGGAUGAGAAGAUGUGGCGCAAUACCAGCUUUGACUAUCUUCGUCGUUUACGCUCCAACAUCAAGCUACGAAGAAGAAGAAGUCGAAGCUUUCUAUAUGGACCUGGAGAAGUUCUACCAAGAAGAUCAUGCCUUCUACAAGGUCAUAGUUGGCGAUUUCAACGCUAAGGUUGGCCCAAGAAGAACGCCGGAGGAACUUCACAUCGGGACCCACGGCCUACAAUGGAAUGACCAGGGAGAGAGGCUCUCCGAGUUCAUCAUGACGACUAAGACCAUCCAUGGGAACUCGCAAUUUCAGAAGCCCUCUUCUUUACGCUGGACGUGGGAGUCACCCGGUGGAGGGUACCGUAAUGAAAUAGACCACAUCAUCGUCAAUAAAAGGUUCUGCCUGACGGACGUCGGUGUUGUACCAAAGUUCUACACGGGAUCGGACCAUCGCCUCCUCCGAGGAAGAUUUUCCUUCACAAGGAGAGCAGAGAAAGCCGCCAAGUUCAGAGAGAGAAAUCCCAGGACUACCAUCAACUGGGAUCUCUUCGCUACGCUAGCCGGCUUUUGGGAAGAUUCCGCAAUGGACAACAUCGACGAGGAAUAUGACCGGCUUGUCGAACACCUUCACGACUGCGCGAAGAAGGCUGAGAGUUUUAAAACCACCAAGAGGCGCCUGUCUCCUGAAACUCUUGAGCUGAUACGCCAGCGUGGAGCAGCACGAGCCGCAGGGAACCAAGAACUCACGUCCGAGCUCGCAAGGCUUUGCCGAGAGGCGAUAAAGGAAGACCUUAAAGAGAGAAGAGCAGAAGUGCUGGCUGAAGCUGCAGAGGCGGGGAAAAGCAUCCGCUAUGCCCGUCGAGACUUCGCUAGUCGCAAGACGAGGAUGACUGCUCUCCGGAACCCAAAGGGAACAGCCAUUGCAUCGAGAAGGGGGAUGGAGAAAAUCAUCUACGACUUCUACUCUGAUCUCUUCGACAGCCAUGUCCACUUGCCUCCUCACCAUCUGAGGGAAGAUGGACAAGUCAUUCCAGAGGUUCUCCCGUCCGAAAUACGACAUGCUAUCAUGUCGGUAAGAAAUCGUACGGCACCCGGUCCCGACAGAAUAAGACCAGAACACCUGAAGAGCCUUCCGCCAGUACUCAUCAACACCCUGGCGAGGCUCUUUACACGUUAUCUGUCGGAAUGCAAGGUUCCUAAACAGUGGAAGACCAGCAGGACCGUGUUGUUGUAUAAAAAGGGAGAUCCACAUGACAUCGGCAACUAUCGCCCAAUCUGCCUACUGUCCGUCAUCUACAAGCUCUUUACAAGAGUAAUCCUUAAUAGGAUUGAAAAAGUCUUGGAUGAAGGACAGCCAUGCGAGCAAGCAGGGUUUCGAAAAGGAUUCAGCACGAUUGACCACAUUCACACUGUUUCGAAACUCAUCGAGGUAUCACGAGAGUACAAGAUGCCGCUCUGUCUCACCUUCAUCGACUUGAAAAAGGCCUUCGACUCAGUUGAGACGGAAGCGGUCGUGGAAGCCUUGGACAACCAAGGCGUCCCUACUCAGUACAUAAAGGUACUUCGAGAGUUGUACAGUAACUUCACGACCGGAAUUUCGCCAUUCUACAAGAACAUCAUCAUUGACGUGAAGAGGGGGGUCCGACAGGGUGAUACAAUUUCACCCAAAAUAUUCACAGCCACCCUCGAGAACGCAAUGCGAAAGUUGGAAUGGGACGACAUGGGAGUGAAGGUUGAUGGUCGGCAGCUACACCAUUUGCGCUUUGCUGAUGACAUCGUACUGGUAACACCUAGCAUCAGCCAAGCGGAACGAAUGCUGACCGAAUUCGACGAAACAUGUGGAUGCAUCGGUCUUCAGCUGAAUCUACAAAAGACGAUGUUCAUGCGGAACGGAUGGGUCUCGGAUGCCCCAUUCACGCUCAACGGAACGAACAUAUCCGAGUGCACCAGCUACGUUUAUCUGGGUCGGGAACUGAACAUGAUGAACGACCUGACCCCGAGCUGGGCAGGAGGAGACGAGCGGCUUGGGGAGCGUACAAGAGCAUCGAGGAUGUAG